GGGAACGAAGUGGGUGUCAUCCCUGGCAGAGACAGAAGCCAUCAGUAGUGGUUUGUUUACAGUGAGAGUUCCAAGGGUUGAAGUGUCUGAGAAGUCUCUAAUUCCAUAUUAGAAAGUGAACACGUAAUUAAAAUCUUGGACAGAAUGCCGCCGAAUGACGAAAAGGACGUGCCAAUGAUACCUUGGGACAAUUUCAGCAAUUGGGUGCAUGCGAUAUGUGUCGUUACCUUCGAUUUGGAGCUUGGCCAAGCUAUGGAGUUAAUCUACCCUGCAGACAGAGAACUGACAGAGCGCGAACGCACGAACAUAUGCUACCUGGCCUUUCCUGAUAGUAAUUCAGGUCUGAUGGGCAAUGUGCAGUUUCAUUUCCGAAUUCGCCAGUGUCCACAGUCCAAUCCACUUCAUGCUCGUCCUGCCAUUCAUCAGUACAAUGCCACAUGUCCUGUGAACAUACAGGUUACAGAAGAUGGGUACUUGUACGGAUAUGUAUACUUCCGACAGGUGAAAGACCGAACUUUGAGAAGAGGCUACUUCCAGAAAAGUGUGGUGCUUUUAUCACAUCUUCCCCUUGUGUCGCUAUUUACCAAUGUAUUGGACUUGGUUGCUCCAGAAUACUUUGAUACUGGGGAGGCCAGUCUGGAGGCUGCUUGUCACCAUUUGGAUCAGUGGCCUCCACCUAUUGCAGGCACCACUUUGAGCUUACCUCUUCUUGGCACCAUAUUGCAGGUUCGAAUACCCAGCAGGCAGGACAAACCUGGUGCAUCGUCAUUAACACCACCAUCACCUCUACAUGCUACACAGAACCCUUUAUCUGUGAUGAUACCUUCUCCACAUGAAACAGAGGCAUUCCGAAUAUUGGCUCCAGUUCUUCCUCACUUGAAUUUGUUAUGGGAAUUAGUGAUAACAGCUGAACCAUUGGUGGUAAUGGCCAUGUCACCAACAACAGCUGCCAAUACUGUGCAGACUUUAGUAAGUCUCAUAUCACCUUUAAAAUUUGGUGGUGAUUACCGACCAUUCUUCACCAUACAUGACUCAGAAUUCAAAGAGUACACAACGAGGACUUCUGCACCGCCUAAUGUUAUUCUUGGGGUGACAAAUCCUUUUUUUGCCAAGACAUUACAACAUUGGCCACAUAUCAUUAGAAUUGGUGACAACACAGGCUCUCCAAGUGCCCAGAAGCAUAAACUCAAAAAAGCCUCAGGUCUGAAAACUGUUGAACAGAAACCAGGGGUGUACACUAAGUACCGGCCACAUCUUCAGGCUGACAAGGGUUUGGUGAAAAGGUUGUUGAAAGGUGUACAAACAGGUCGUCCAGUUGAAGUUCAAAGUGCAUUGCUACGAAGACACCUCCUAGAGUUAACACAGUCAUUUAUGAUCCCUUUGGAGAGAUAUGUAGCUUCAUUGAUGCCACUCCAGAAAAACAUAUCUCCUUACAAGGCAAUACCAAGUUUAAGGCCUUUCAACCCUGAUGACUUCUUAGCCACCCUGGAGUUGUAUGGACCACAGUUAACAAGUGGCAUUCGAGGUGAUUGGGAAGGCCUUUACAGAAGAUUCUUCCGGUCUGUUAAUUUUUCAUUGUGGUUUAAUGCUCGAUAUCAGGAGGUCUCUGAUAAGCUCUCCGAGUUACAUCUUCAAGCUCUCAGUGAAGCGGAUUUGGGUGACUGGGUAUCAACACGCACAGAGGUGGAAGUAGUAGACAUGGUGUUGAGACUGAGAUCAAAACUCAAUGAUGCAGACUCCUUACCAGCAUCUCAACACACAAGGGAUAAAUUACAAGCACAUGUCCAAACACUUUUGUCAUCACUACCUGAAGACCUUCGCUCUGUGCUUCAUGCAAGCUGAGUACAAGAUGGACUGUUAUCAGUGGAAGCUAAUUGGAAAAUAAAUGCUGGUAACAGGUACAUAACUGUGUUGUCAUGAAAUGUUUUUGUAAUAUCACAUUUCCCUCCAAGUGUAUAUGUAUCCAGUUAUGUGUACUGGUGUGAAUAACUGAAAAACCCAUAACUUACGAAGCCAAGCUUUGUUUACAAUCAAGGAGACUUGUGUAAGUAUUAUAUUAUCCUGUACAAUGGUGCCAAGUGGUUCUAAGGACUAUGCCAUAGGUUUGUUGUAUGAGCCAAUGCUGAUUUUGAAAACUUCAUAUGAAUUUCAGUGUACUAUUCGGAAGAAAAGACAGAUUAUUAUACCCCAAAAUUAGUGAAACUGACAUCAUGCUCAUGUGUGUGUGAGCAGAUUAUUUCUUUGGAAAAUGUAUUUCUGAACUUCAUCAUUGCCAUUCGUUUUGUUUAGUAGCUCAUGCUUGAUGUAUAGUGAUGGGAGGAAGUGUGGAAGGACAUUUUUAUAUUGUGACCUGCAGUGCCUUGAAUAAUUGACAAUUCUUAUAAUUAGGCCAUGCUAAUAAUGUAAAAUUUAGUAACUUGUGAUGUGCUAUAUCCUUUCUUUCAGUGAAGGGAUUCCCUUUAUUUACUCUAAUCUGAUAGAGGGAAUCUAAUAAUGUGUAAUUUAUAAUGCAUGGCAGCAUUUAAUUGAAUAUAUGGUGCUGAAUGAAAUGGGUUGUUUGAAAGAAAUUUUGAUUCUGCCUCACUUCAAAUAUUUUCUAAUCCUUGUGUUUUGAUGCAGAAUUAUUGUAUAUUUAAUAAUGUAGGAUUUAAAGUUAUGGAGUGCCAAUGCCAAAGUAAUGUACAUAGAACUUCUGUUUCCAUUUAAGUUAGUUACUAAAGAUUUGCAAUUUAAGAGUGAUUUUACUCUUAAUGAUAGCUACAUAAAGUUGAAUAAUAUUUUCAGUGCAGUAGAGACCAUUUUGAUUAAAGUAAUGAUAUCACUUUCAGGAGUUAUGAAAAAGAAAGGUAAAGGAAAAAGGAAGACUUAUCAUAAUGCUGGUUCCAUGCAACAUAAAAACACCAUACAAACAAACUUAUCAUAAUGAUUUUUAUUAUACAGUAACAUAUUGAUCAUAAUUUACUGUAUAUGAAAAUUGACAGUGACAUAGGUAAAUGCUCUUUUAAAUAUCUUUCUGCAUUAGCCAAGUUAUUUUCCAGGUUACAUUCUGUAGUUUAACAGCACAUUCGGUAUUUAACUUAAAGAGCAAUGUGAAACUGCUGUUUUAAGUAGGGGACUUGAACUUGUUAUACUUCAUGUUCUUUGGUAUAGUACUGUAUUGUGAUUGUCAUAUCUCUUUCCAAACUGUAUCUCAUAGUCACUUGGCUAAUAUUGCAUGAAAGAUACCUAUCUUCAUAUGGUAAGGGUAUUUAUUGCAUUCAGCAAGGUUGAAGAGACUUGAAAUCCCUCAAUUGAAAAGAUAAUUUCAUUAUGUCUCCUUAACAAAGGCAUUUACAUCAAUUCUUGGUUUUUGGAUCUAUUAGGAGUAAAACAACAGUAAAAACUCCAAAGUGAAGUGUUUUUAGGUGCCUCUCUUAUGUGAAAAUUUUUUCACUACAGAAAUUUGUUUUAUCUAAUUUUUGCAUGGUUUUACCUACCAUAUCUGGCACCAGAGCAGUUAGGGUUUGACUCAGAUUAAGGAUUUUGUUAAUGUAUAUAUUAAUUGAUACAUAAUUGAUUUUAGUUUCUUAAAACAUUUGAUUAUUUAAGGUCGAGCAAGAGGUAUUGACCUACACUCUGCUUCAGUAUGUAGAAAUUAACAUGUAAUGUCCCCAAUCAGUGCUGUGAUAGUUAGUUUAAUAUUUUCUCAGUGUCACGAUCAUUCCUAAACAGACCCGUUUCUUAACUGUAUUGUUCUUGGUCUUGCAUGGUUUCAUUAUUGCAUUUGAACUUAGUUCAAUACAGUUUAGGUUGAACUUCAAAUACUUAGGCAUUCAGUAUGCUAGUAAAUUCUUCGGGACUUUUGAGUGUUUAAUAGCUUAGAAAAUCUCCUCAGAAAAUCUCCUCUUCUGUUGAAGUCUCAAAGUAAAUAUUUAAUAUUUUGAAGCAGUAAAAGAUUGGAAAUCUCAGUUCCCAUCAUGGUUUUACCAGUGGUUUCAUUUUUCAGUAGCCUUGCCUUUAGUUAUGCCAAUGAAACAUUUGAGUAAAUGACUAUCAACAAAGUUUCUUAAUUUCUCUUAUCAGGAAGGUUAUACAGAAUCUGGACAUUUUACAUUUCCACAGUAAGCUGCUGUAAUGUAACAACUUUGUACGAAAGUUUGAAAUACUUCUAACAAAAAGGUUACUUUGUACAAAAGUUUGAAAUUAUUCUAACAAAAAGGUUAUUUUUCAUAUUGUAGUCCUGUUUGCAAAGGGAAGAGAUAUUGCCUCACUACCUACAAAAAUUUUUUUCUUUUUAGUUUUUCUUAAAAUUUUUAUGACCAAGAUUAGAAAUAAAAUAUGUUUUAAGAACCAACUGGAAACUGUAUCCUUUAAUUUCUGCAGUAUGUUGAUAGCUGUGUUUUAUGCUACUUCAACUUUUUAAUGAUACACGAGAGUAAUAAGCUAUUAGUUAUUUAUUUUUAACAUGUAUGUAUUAUAGUUUUUACAUCAUGGUUUUUUUCCAAAGUAAAAUUGAAUGUCCAUUUAUUUAAAUGGAAAAAGAAUUAGGUAAAAAUGAGCAGAGCAACAAAAGGAGUAAAUUAGCUGCUGUUUAAUAUUGUUUACCAUAAGGACCUUUAAUGCUAGCCCAAAUUAUUUAAGAAAUGUCCAUUCAUAACACUGCAUGUUUUUGGGCUGUAUUUUUCUUAUAAAUUGCAAGCUAUGGUACAUCAUUUUUGCCUUGUUCAUAUUUGUAUCAAAAUAGUAAUUGACUGCUGUAUUGCUAAAACCUUACUAUUAAAUUCAAGUGUUUCAUCUCCUAGGCGUUGGAGAAUAUCAGCGUGUGAAGUUAUAAUUGCCAAAUGUAUUUUAAGAAUUUAUUUUAUGCUGCUGACAGGUGCUGAGAAUAUUUGUGAAAAUUAAACGUUGUUGUUAUUUAUGCUUUCAGUGCCAGAGCUUUAUGUACAUUCAGGUCUCUUAUAUGCAGGUUCUGUAAUCUUAAGGGUACUCACAGUUGCUGGUUUGGCAUGUAGGUGUUGAUAUUUGAGCAAAUUACUGCUCCCAAUUGUUGACAUUUUUACAAUCAAACGGGAAGUUUUAAACCAAUCUCAUGUAUAUAGAGCAAUCUUAUGAAUCUCAUAUAUAAUACAAAUCCACUGAGAAUUUACUCCUAAAGUAACAAAAUUCAAGUAAAUUAAUUUAGAGAAUAUUUGAUCAGAAAAAGUGCCAUAAUUAUUUUGAAAAGCUUUGGCUGAAGAGGGAAAAUAACAUAGUACAAGGUAUCAGUGUUCUCAUUCAAGUUAUGAUUUCUGAUGUUUAACAUUGUUACUUGAAUUAAUGCUUUACAUGAUUGGACUGUUAAUGUGCUCUCGGGUAUUCCCAGUAAGUUUUAAUGAACUUGUUGAAUUUGUGUACUGAAGAAAAUAACUUAUAAUUAUCUUAUGUUCAUAUUAUUAGUAGUAGUAGUUGAACCAGACCAUGCUGAUCAUUAUUAUUUAGUAGUAAAACGAGAUCAAGUUGGAUUACUUGACUCUUCUAGGCCUAGCCUCCCAGUGUGUAUCAUUAAUAAUUAAAUAUUAUUUAACUUACAUUAAUUUAAAGUAUUUAAUGAGAGGAUAAAUUGAAAGUGAUGGAGACAAAAAUGUUGUAAUAGCUUUAUAGCCAGAACUUGACAAUCACUGUAGGUGGAGUUGAAUUGAAUUAUGAAAUUUUGGCUAUAAAGACAAACACUGGAGCACUCUCAACCAUUUGUCACUGUGAAAGAAAGUAGGAACAUCCAAACAGAGUAAAAUUCAAGCCAAGCUGAAAAUCAAGUAACAAAUUGUAAUAUUGGAUUGUUGAUCCCACAAGACAUAACUGCUAGUGUUGACCUGCAUUACAUGCAUUCAGGGAUUGUGUCACGAGCUAUUUAUCAAGUAUCCUUUUGGUCUGAGUGACCCAUUUAAGGGGAAAAUUACUUUGGUGUGAUAGUCUAAAUUCCUACUUUUUCCUUCGUUUGAAAAAUUUUUAUUGGUACCCUUUUUAUGGCAACAUUUCAGAUUUAUGGUAUUCUUUCAUUUACUGUUUGUUUCAUUUUCUAUAGCAAUUAUAAAUGUAAAUAUAUGAUUCUUAGACAGUUAUUUUACUAUGAAUAAUUUAGUAUUAAUGCAGAAAUGUUACAAUUUCAAUACAGCCAUUAUAUGGCAGAUUUUAUAAUGCAUAAUAUUGAAACUGCCUUCAUGUACUUUGAUGAGGUAUUCACCCUUGCUAGCAUGCAGGUUAUUCUUAACUAAAGAGCAAAAUAUAGUCUUAAAUAAUUAAUUAGAACACGUACUUUCAGAUGGGUUAAUUUUUUUUUUUUUUUUUUUUACAAAGCAUAUGUUCUGAGUUGUUAGCUUGCCCUUCAUAAUGUUGUAAUUACUGUAAAGUAUUUUGAAACAGGUUUUGCUUUAUGCUAUUUUAGCUACACUAUCUUGAAAAUGUAUAGAUUAAUAUUCUUGUUUAUUCAAUAGAUAGAAAGCCUUGAGUUAGUAUUAUGUAGUACAUACUGGACUUUUAACUAUUCAUUCAGCUGUUCUUAACCCUUUCAGGUUUAGGCCAUUAGCCAAUUCUUUCCAUGCCAAAUGAACCUCACUUUCACCAAGUGUAGAACUUGCUUGGUGAUAUUUCACUUCCAGAUAUUAUGGCUAUUGCUAAUGACAGAAUAUUCAUUUUGGUUUUACCUUCCUUUGACAAGCUGCAUAUGUUACGCAGAGGAUUCCAUAUACAUCAGAUAUUUUUAAUUUGUGAAUGCUGUACUGUAGUUGGUCAUAAUUUGAAAGGGUUGACUGCAGACCAUUAGUUCAUAACAGAAUACUUUAUGUAUUCAGUUCUGCACAUGAUAAAUAAUUAAAUUUGUGAAUUAUCGUUCAAGUGUUUAGAUUUGACGACAGCAAAAAAGAUGGUCUAAUUUUACUAGUCAUUUACGAGCUGUAGUGUUAUUGUUUUUUAUACUGAUUCAGUUGGUAUAUUACUAUAAAAGCUUCCUUAAAAAAUUUUUGCUCGAAAUUGGUGUCAGUAUGAGAAUUGUCUGAAAUGUUGUAAUGUGUUUGUAAUACUCACAAAAUAAAUGUAUAUUUUUCUUCA